AAAACCACCAAACUUUCAAUUGUUUAGUCGGUGGAGUGGGUAAAUUUUGCAAAAACUAGAAUGGAACAGUCAGAAUCGGAAAAUAACACAGAACUGGGAGACAAAAAGUCCUACGCUGGAAUCCCCGAAGCCGAAUUUGUCGAAGAUGUGGAUGCGUACAUGGCGCGGCCCGAAAACAACAAAAACGUGGAAGAAGUGUUGAAAAAAUUAGAUAACCAACAUGCCAAGUAUAAGUUUAUGGAAUAUAAUUUAUUGUCGAAGAAAAAACGGCUCCAGAACCAAGUCCCCGAGCUGAAGCGUUCGUUAACGAUGAUUGAGAAACUAGGCGAACAGAAAAACGAAUUCGAGACUCAGUUUUUGCUCAGCGAACAGGUUUUCGCCAAAGCUAAAGUGCCACCAACUGAGACGGUGUUCCUGUGGCUGGGGGCCAAUGUCAUGCUUGAAUAUAGUUUAAAAGAUGCUCAGGAGCUGCUCACGCAGAAUAUUGCUGCAGCUACUAAGAAUUUAAAAUAUGUGGAACACGAUCUCGACUUUUUGAGGGAUCAGUUUACGACAACCGAGGUCAAUAUGGCGAGAGUGUUCAACUGGGACGUGAAGAGACGCCAAGCUGCGAAAGCAGCGGCAAAAUGAGGCUCCAAGUGACCAUUUAGCACUGUUUUAAUUUUGUUACAAGAUCUGUCACUGCUGCUUUAUAUCGUCCAGUUUUGCAAAAUAUAUUUUCGCGCUCGCACUUUUACAGUGCAUGUAAAUCACAUGUUACUUCCAGCUUGAGCAUUUAAUAACUUAGCUUUUAUUUAACCCGUUUCUGUGAAUAAAACUAUUUCUAAUAAGGAAAUAA